ACAGGCAACGAUCAGAAGCUUCUGCUCCUCCAACUCACAAAGACCACCGUCAUGCUGCGCACCUGCGUCGUCCUUGCCCUGGCCACCAGUGCCUUGGCUGGUAACAUUGGCCACCUUACUGGCGGCUACACCCUCGCCAGCAACCUUGGCUAUGGCCAAGGCUAUGGAAACCUCGGCUAUGCUGGCCUCGGCUACGGUGGUCUUGGCCUUUCUCACUAUGGUCUGUCCCACGGUGUUGGCUACUCUGGCCUGACCGGCUACGGUGUUGGCUACGGAUUUGGAUACGCUGCCCCAGCUGUCACCAGCACCGCCUCCACCUACCAGGCUGCUCCAGCUGUGACUGCAGUUCAUGCCGCUCCAGCCGUGACUGCUGUACAUGCCGCUCCAGCUGUCACCACCUACGCUGCUGCUCCAGCUGUGACUGCUGUCCAAGCUGCCCCAGCUGUCGCUACCUACGCUUCUGCCCCAGCCGUCACCAGGGUUGUUCAGUCCGCCCCAGCUGUGACCUACGCCGCUGCCCCAGCCGUCACCAGAGUUGUUCAGUCCGCCCCAGCUGUCACUAGGGUCGUUCAGUCCACACCAGCUGUGACCUACGCCGCUGCCCCAGCCGUCACCAGGGUUGUUCAGUCCGCCCCAGCUGUCACCUAUGCCGCUGCUCCAGCCGUCACAAGGGUCGUUCAGUCCGCCCCAGCUGUGACCUACGCCGCUGCUCCAGCCGUCACAAGGGUCGUUCAGUCCGCCCCAGCUGUGACCUACGCCGCUGCCCCAGCCGUCACCAGGGUUGUUCAGUCCGCCCCAGCUGUCACCUAUGCUGCUGCCCCAGCCAUUACCAAGGUUGUUCAAUCCGCCCCAGCUGUCACCUACGCUGCUGCUCCAGCCAUGACUCGCGUUGCCACCUACACUGCACCAGCCGUGACCAAGGUUGUGCAGUCCGCGCCAGUCGUCGCUGCUGCUCCAGCUAUCGCCACCUACGCUGCUGCCCCAGCCGUGACCACUGUCCAGCACGCUGCCCCAGCUGUUGCUACUGUUGCCCACGCUGCUCCAGCUGUUGCCACUUACGGCGUUGCCCACGCCGCACCAGCCGUCGCUACCUACAGCGUUGCUCACGCCGCUCCAUCAUACUACAACUACGGAGUUGGCUCUCUCGGCUACGGCUCUGGCAGCUUCGGUUACGGCCAUGGUCUUCUCGGCUACGGCCUCAACUACGGCUAUGGCCUUGGUUCUCCCCUGAGCUACUCCACUCUCCUCCACAAGAAGAAGUAAUCUUCCCUCUUACCACUACGCAGGAAAGUCCUUGUCGUGGAGCAGUUUAUUCAAUGCAUUCAGUCAAGAUUGUUGAUAUUUUCCAGAGAAUAAAUUGCUUCAAAACACUUA